AUGCCUCGCGACCCCUUGAUCGGCAUUGUAGGCAAGCCGUCGGCCGGCAAGAGCACCACGCUCAACAGCUUGACCGACGCCUCCUCCAAAGUUGGUGCGUCCUCACCUCAACCCGAGCCCAUGCGCGUCCCGAAGCCCCCGCUGAUUCUCGAAUUCACGACCAUCGAUCCCCAGAGGGCCAUCGGCUACCUGCAAAUAGACUGCGCCUGCAAGCGCUUCGACCUCCAGGACAAGUGCAAGCCCAACUACGGCGGCUGUAUCGACGGGCGCCGCUCCGUGCCCAUCGAGCUUCUUGAUGUUGCCGGUCUCGUGCCUGGAGCCCACGAGGGCAAGGGUCUCGGCAACAAGUUCCUGGACGACCUCAGACAUGCCGAUGCGCUGAUGCAUGUGGUCGACGCGAGCGGGAAGACGAAUGCCGAGGGAGAGAAUACCAGGGGCUACGACCCGUCGCAGGAUAUUGCAUGGCUGCGCGGCGAGAUUGUCGCCUGGAUCAAGGGCAACCUCUACGAGCGGUGGGGGUCGAUAAAGAGGCGGCAUGUGGCCAUCAAGGCUUCGCCCGUCGACACGCUACAGAACCAGUUCUCCGGCUACGGCAGCACGUCGUCGCUCGUGGCGCGCACGCUGGAUAAGCUCGCGCUCAAGGAGCCGCUGGAGGCAUGGAGUGAGGAGACCGUUGACCGCGUCGUGAGCGCCUUCACCGACGAGAAGUUCCCGACCGUCAUCGCGCUGAACAAGAUCGAUGACGCCGACGCCUACACCAAUCUGAUGAAGAUUACGAAGAUGUACAAGGACAGCCCGGUAGUGCCGUGCUCCGCAAAGGCAGAGCUGUUCCUGCGCAAGAUGGCGAAGCAGGGCUAUGUCCAGUACACAGAAGGCAGCGACUCGGUAUGGACGAGGCAAGAUCUCAUCGAUGACGGCGAUCCUGAAGGAGGAGGGCUGAAGGAGCUAGAUGAGAAAAACCAGGAGCUCAUCGACGAGUACAAGGACAUGAUAUUAUAUCGGUACGGGUCCACCGGUGUUGUUCAAAUACUCACGCGGGCGGCCGAGGUCUUGGGCUUGGUCCCCGUGUUCCCGGUCCGCAGUACCGCGACGUUUGGUUCAGGUUCAGACACUCGCUCGGUCUUCAGAGACUGCGUUCUGGUGAAGAGAAACUCAACAGUAGGAGAGGUCGGAAGGAAGAUCAUGGGCGAUGCACCGCUGGCAUAUGUGGAAGGUGUUGGGGGCACAAGAGUCUCCGAGGAUGAUAUUGUGUCAGUAGGCAAGCAUGACAUCUUAUCCUUCAAAAUCGGAAGAGCAUGA